UGUACGAUUUUCACACCACAACAAAGUCGCAAAGGUUCCCAAAGCAGGCGGAUACACUAGGUUCGGUAGGACUAGUAGGUCGAUACAUUGACGGGCAGGACUCAAGUACCUUCGUAGUGCAGCGAUGGCCGAGGGAACGUACGAGUACGAGUGUAUGCGAGCGGAACUGCUCGGUCUGGGCCGCCCAAGCCGGGAAGAGUUUGAGGCGAAGAUGAAACUGAAACACGAAACCGAGGAGGAAGAACAGCUCACCGAGCAGAUGAAGGAGGUGGAUCUGAAGGAUGAGUCGCUUCAGGGCGCUACGGGCAAGAUGGACGAGCUGAACAGCAUCCUGACGGCGACGCAGCAAAAAAUCAACAAGUUCAAGGUGGCGUGCGGUAGUUUGACCAGCCUGCUGAAACUGCGUCCUUCGACGCCGAGUAGCGAUCCGGCGGCGGCGGUGGCCCAAGGAGACACGGCGGAAGCGGGUCAGGGAAAGUCCAUCAACGAUGCCCUGGACACGCUGGACACGAUGAAAGAUCUGAACGCCGAUUCGGACGUGACGGUGGCGAAAUCGGCCGCGAAGGACAUCGGCCAGAAGAUGACGUCGCAGCUCGACAAGCUCGAUUCGCUGCUGUACCGGGCGGACAAUGCGACUUACUCGAUGAAACACCAGACGAACCAGAUGAACAAGAUUGCCAAGUAAUAUGGGCUACGGGCUGGGCCCUGGGGCCUCCUAUUGGAGGCCGGCGCUCUACUCCUUCUAGGCUUACCCGCGUACAAUCUCUUUGGCACAAUCUCUUUACUUCGCUUUACUUGGCGUACGAAAAUGUGUAUCUAAUCUUUUCCAAACUCAACCCCGUAGGUCUGUAGGGAACUGUGUUUACUCCUCCCGGGAUGCUCUGGGAGUCACUAGGACUCCGCAGCUUCCGGCUCAGUGUGGCUAAGGAAUUGGCUGAAAUGGCUCGCACGCACGCGUUCGGUGUUGUUUCAACGCACUGUCAUCAGGUGGCCACCCCCCGCCCCUAUUGUUUCGGCUUCGGCGGUAGCGCUUCCGUUCCCCCAUCGAUCGGUCUUCCAAAUUGCGAGUGUUAGUGUAACAGGCAAACAAUCCAACGAAACGAAACGAAACGAGUUGCGUCUUUGCGAAUCCGAUUGUGAUAUUGUUCCGUUGAGGUAUACACUGUUCGAUGUUACUUAUUUUACAUGCUACCAGACACACACAUAUACACAUACAUAUAUUAAUACAGUGCAAAUGGUGAACGAGGAAACGAGGGCCGAAAACAGGACAAACAUCGGCGGCAAACCCCGUUUGGAAGUAUUCGCUGAAAUAAUUACGCUUUACGUUUUUUUGGUGGCAUUCCGUGUUCGAUAUUGCUACUAGUAUAUUGGAGCGAGAGGGAAAGAGAGAACGAGAGAGAGAGAGAGGGAGAGAAGGAGAAAGAAAGAGACCGAGCGGCAGGUUUAUACAAAUACAAAACGUUAACCACCCAGCAAUAAUUAUACUAACAAUUACUUAUUAAACAAACUGUGGCAUUAACGGCAGUCACGGAGGAGAGAGCAAACUGUUCACCAUCAUUUCACGCCAUCCUCGAAUGGCCACAACAACGACAACACAGCGAACACCAGUGAGCACCAGUUGAGGAGCCGUAACAAUAAACUAUUUAUUCACAAAAAGGCAAUUAC